CUUUCCCACCACCAUUGUUCUCCACCCAUGGAUAGAUUCGCCUCUAGCUCGGGCGAUACCAGCGAUGCCGCGAAUAACUCGCGCUUCACUUCGCAGGCUGCCACGGCAGAAGAUCUCCUCAAAGCGCAAACCGUUGGUCUUGUGAACCUAAAUGACUACCGCAAGCGACGCGCCGAGGCCUUGGACAGGAAAGAACGAGGUGACACAGGGCUUGACUCUGGUGCCAGCACACCGAUAGAUGGGGCAUCGACACCAAAGCCAGUCUUCAAGAAGAAGCGCAAGGUAGCCACCAAGGGCAAGCUGUCGUUUGGCACAGAAGAAGAAAAUGACACCGACUCUACUGUCUCCAAGACGGCCAGUCCGCGCCAAAGCACACCUACCGAUCCGACUGGUGUAAAAUCUGAAGCAGAAAGCAGUGUAGUGAAGAAGAAGCUGGGCGCAAACUCAAACAUUGGCCUGAAGCCUCGCGUCAUGACCAAGACGGCACUCCAGCGCGAGGCGCAGCAGGCAGAGCUUGCACGGCAGGACUUUGUUGUGAUGCGCGAUGCGGUCAAGGCCACCGAAGUGGUUAUUCCAUUUGUCUUUUACGACGGCACCAACAUACCAGGCGGGCGAUGCAGGCUGAAGAAGGGGGAGCAGAUCUGGCUGUUCUUGGACAAGGCGAGGAAGGUGGGGGCAGAGCUAGGUGUGGGUGGAGACAAGAGCCGGAGGGACUGGGCUAGGGUCAGUGUAGACGACUUGAUGCUGGUAAGGGGAGAGAUCAUUAUACCACACCAUUACGAAAUCUACCACUUCCUGUUCAACCGGGUUGCCGGGCUUGACGGACCCCUCUUCGACUACUCGGCACAACCCACCAAGGCCACUCCCAGAGUGACGACGGAGGUCGACGAAGAGGCCGACGUCGAUCCGGCCACGUACGACCCACUGCUGCAGCCGGGCAAGAAGAAGAGCAAAGAGUCGAGCAUAGCAGACGAGGAGCUCGAGGGAUUUGGGGACGAUGCGACGCUGACCAAGGUGGUUGAUAGACGGUGGUACGAACGCAAUAAACACAUCUUCCCUGCGAGCGCGUGGACAGAAUAUGCGCCGGACAAGGACCUAUCCAAGAUGCAGCGCAAGGACGCACAGGGGAACGCCUUCUUCUUCUCGUGAGACGAGACAAGGCGAGUAGAGUGCUGGUGUUCACAUGACUGAGCGCGGACUUGAGCACGGAUGCAGAUGCAGAUGGGGAUGCGGAGGCGAGGGUGCGUAGACAAGAGGAGUAAGUAAAUAGUACUUAGGAGUAUUAGUAGGACAUGACAUGGGAGGGAAAAGAAGGGUCCAGUGGCCCAGGCACUAAGUAUGCAGUCGUGGGCCGCUGCUAAACGACUCGGAAAAGGGUCCGCGUGCAUGACUUGCGGGCCAAUUGCGGGGAGGCCAUGCAAAAACCAUCAAUACAACGCCCGUUGUCUCCACC